CCAAUUUUAUUUUAAUAUUUAUUUAAUUUUGUACUUUUGUAAAUAGUAUGGCGGAUUAAGACAUUGUUAGACUGUAAUAAAUUAAAGAUCAAGUUGAUAUAUAUAUUGUAUUAAAAAUGAGAGUAUUUUUAGCGGAGGAUAAUGUGUGUGCUCAAAAUUUACUUAAGUUGGUGUCUCAUGGAAAUGCUAUUUUAGCUGAAAUAUUAAGACUUAAAGAUCAUAUACCGCAGGUCUUUUUUCUUAAUACUAAGGAAAUUCAACAACAAUAUCAAGAUGUAAUAGUGGACUUUAGCUAUUUUAAAAUCUCAGAAGUACAGGAUAAAAAAAUAAACAGUAGUAAUAAACUGCAAGACUUGGAUGAUGACCUAAAAGAAAAAUACUUAGAAUUAAUAACUCGUUUCUAUUUACUCUUUGAAAAUAUUUACCAGUAUAUAGUUGACCUUAAUGCAUUUGUAGAACAAUUACACGAUGGAGCUUUUAUUCAACAAACAAUUGAGACAGUAAUGAGAGACAUUGAGGGAAAACAACUAUUGUGUGAAUCCUUGUACCUGUAUGGUGCUAUGCUCUUGCUAUGUGACUUAUAUAUCCCUGGGAAUGUACGGGAGAGACUAUUAGUUGCAUUUUAUCGCUAUAGUACAAAUCAGUCCCAGUCAAAUAUAGAUGAUGUCUGUAAGUUGUUGAGAGAGACUGGAUACAAUCAACAACAAAACAAAAGACCAACUGACUAUCCAGUUGAAUAUUUCAGCCGUGUUCCAAUCAAUAAUGAUUUUGUAGAAAAAGUUGUUGGGAAGUUGAGAAGCGAAGAUAUCUAUAACCAACUUGCUGUUUAUACGAUUCCAGAGCAUCAAUCAUCAGCUCUCGCGACACAGGCUAGUAUGCUUGUUGUAUGCUUAUUUUUCACACCACAUUAUUUGCACAAUGAUACUACAAAGAUGAGAGAAAUUGUUGAUAAAUUUUUCCCUUGCAACUGGAUCAUUCCAAUAUAUAUGGGCGUCACCAUGAACAUAACAGACUAUUGGGAAAAUUUCAAAGCCGCUAAAAGUUCCCUCAACAAUACUUGUAAUGGAAAAGUAGUUAAAGAAAUAUAUUCCAAAAGAGGCGAUGCAGUGUCUUUGCUUAUAAAUAAAUGUCAUCUUCUGUUAAAAGAAGGCACCUUGACUGAUGAUUUUGUGCUAGAUAACAUUGGUAAGAUAAUUAAUUUAAUAUUAAAUUGUAAUCAUGUCUUGCGCUGGUUGCUGCUGCAUAACAAUGAUGUAAUAUUUUUUGAUAAUAAUAAAAAAAGCAAGCAAUUAAAAGAAUUAGUCAUAAAGGAAUCUAACUAUGAUCCACUGAAAAUCCUCGAAUUGCUCAUAAGUACGGCAGAAUUGGAGUUGAAGAUAAGAGAAUCUUUAAAAAGUGUACUCGAAUCUAGAAGCGAAAAUUGGAACAAAAAUAAAAAUCUCGCAUUGGAGGCCAUAACAAAUUUAUCUCAAUUAUUUUCUGGAGCUAACCCAUACACAAAAGUCACAGAAAACGAACAACUAAAACUGUGGUUCGAAAAAAUUGGUAAAAAAAUAUCUUCUUUAAACGAACCGAUUACAUCUAAAGCCGUAAAAUCCGUCACCCAACUGAUACAAGUACUAGAUAACGUAGAGGAGUUUCACGGUAUCAAGACUACUUCUACUGUCGUACAAUUUCUUUCUGAGAGCAAAGGAGCGUUGAAGAAUCUGUUAAGGGUAGCCUCUCUGAAGGAGGAUUCUCUAGUAACGCUGGAAACAGUAGCUGAUUUCAGUUACGCUUGGUGCACCAUCGACUUGUACACGACGUUCAUGCAAGACAGCAUCAAAGAGAACCCUGCAGUCACCAGUCGGCUAAGAGCUCUCUUCCUCAAACUGGCCAGUGCUAUGGAAAUACCACUGUUACGGAUCAAUCAAGCGCAAAGCGAUGAUUUAGUGUCCGUUUCGCAGUACUACAGCAAUGAACUAAUAAAGUACAUUCAAAAAGUUUUGCAAAUUAUUCCUGAAAUGGUAUUUAACAUUGUUGAGAAAAUCAUCGAACUACAAACUUGGACUAUCAAAGAAGUGCCGACGAGAAUAGAAAAGGAAAAGCUAAGAGAAUACGCGCAAUUGGAUCACAGAAUGGAAGUUGCUAGGCUUACUCAUUCGGCAUCGACGUUCACAACAGGAAUUUUGGAUAUGAGGUCAACAUUAGUUGGUGUUAUAAGAGUAGACCCUGCACAGUUAUUGGAAGAAGGCCUAUUAAAAGAAUUAGAUAGGCAUAUAAGUCAAAAGUUUUUCGAAUUUAUCGAGCCACAAGUAAAAAAACCUAACAAUUUAGUACCUAGGCUUCAAAAACUAGCGGAAAGUGUGGACGGUUACAAAAGAUCGUUAGAAUAUAUUCAAGAUUACAUAAACAUUCACGGCUUGAGAAUUUGGCAAAAGCAGGUAUCUGCUAUAGUAAACCAAAGCGUGGGAAAGGAAAUAAGUAUUCGCAAAGGAGUGAGCCUGUACGGACCGUCGGCGGGCUUUAUGGGCAGCCUGGCGCGACAGGUGGCGCAGCUCACUGACGCCAGAGUCUGCGUCUAUAUAAACAUAUGCGCUGCUUGGUUUGACGUUAAGAACCAUAACGAGGUCGUGAACACAAAAACCUUUGCUAAGCUGAACAGUGCCAUCGGUGUGGUCGGUCUGCACGGCUUAGAUGUUUUAUACGGACACAUGAUCAAGAAUCAACUGCAAAACGUUCAAAGUAUAUUCAGGAGUUCUACUGACAAGCUGUCUUUGGGCCACUUGGAUAUUAAGGAUUUGGACCAGGUCGUAACGAAGGGACAUAAAAUAUUCCAGCAGUUGUCUGAUGUGAUAGUUCUCAUAGGAACAUUACAGCUUUUGAGAAAACACAUUGCCUUUCAGUUGAACACGAGUUGUAAGUUCGACUCAGCUCACUUAGAAGCUGCCUUGCGCACUAUGAAUGAGUCCUUGUUAAAUGAAAUUAAAAAAUCCAGUAAAACGGAGUCAAAAGCGAUUCCAGUAGCAUUGAUGAGAAGUAUAGAGGAAUAUUUGAUUCGUUGUGGGAUAAAUGAACCUUUUGACAAAAUAUAUGUAAAAAACGCUCAUGAGCUUGUGAACUCAGACAUGGCACGGAUCAUGGCAACAAUGUUAAUAGCACAAUUGCCGAAGUUGCAAAUAUGCUUUAACACUGGAGAUUUAUUAACGAAAAAACCUGGAGAAAACAUGGACGGUUAUCCAUUUUUAGUAGGCAUUUAUACUUUAUUACGUCAAUCAAAAACAGAAAAUAUUGAACUUUUUAUUGAUUUCUUAUGCAAAUAUACAAAGUCAACCACUAUUACAAAGCUAAAAUCAGCAGAACCUAUCACUGAAAGCCUUCUAAUUGUGAGAAUGUUGCAACUAUUUUGUGAAACAUUUAGUUACUCUUUCGAAAAAUUGGAAGACAAAUUACCGAUCGUUCUGUUGACUCAGGCGCCACCAAAAUAAAACUAAAAUGAAUUAAUUUAAUAAUAUAUUUUGUUAUAUAAUUAUUAAUAACUCUGUUACUUUAAUUAUUAUUAAAGAUAUAUAUGAUGUUAUGAUUAUUUGUAACAUUAUUUCUUUGAUUUUCACAUACAUAUAUGAUUGUAAAUUAGUGGCACA